CCAAGCAGCCAGCCACCAUCAGAGGCGCUGGCGUCAGCCAAUGGCGGCGUGCUCGAAGUCGACAUGUGUUGUUAUAAAGUGACACAACUCCCAAAAUUGUGGUUCUAAAAUUAUUUCAAGUUCGCGAUAAAUAUCCCUAAACAUUCCUUCAGCUCACCGUCGCUACAAAUCUUUCGGUGGACGCUUCUGUCGUCGGUACAACUGGUCCUGCAGCUGGAAUGUUUACAAACCGUGGUAUCAAAAACUCGUAUUGUGUUUAUUGUUCUAAUAUUGGUACUGCUUCUGGUGAAAUACAAGUGGUUCAAACACCGCGGCAGUUCGUGAUGCUGUGUCUUGUCGAGAAAUCGGAUUGCUUCGAUCGGCAAGUUCUGAGGAAACAUCUGUUAUGCUUGGCACUGUUGUAUACAAAAGAGGCGACCCUCUCCACGAAACAAAGGUGCGAGGUUUUACCCGCCACACGGAGAAAAUCCGCCGAAGAUUUCGCAGCUUUUUACCGACUCACAUAAGUACCUCUGUCAUUUGAUGUCGGUCUUUUCAGUUAUUCUCUGUCGUGCCUUGAAUGUAACUGGAUAUCGAUUUACUAUUCGAGUAUAUUGGCACGAUUCCAAGAUCCAUAAGCAGUUACUUGGCAACCAGUAAUGUUUCAGGAAAUCUGACAUUUCGCGCGAUGUUGUUUAAAAAAGUAUGUUUUUAGUAUUUUGAUUGGCGCGAAAAUUCGUGAUGCUCGCAAAUGCGUAUUUAAUACGACUUAUUAGUUCCAUUCAGUUUGUGUGUUGUCUACAGUUCACCCUAGCUCAAGCGUGUUUUUCUAAUACAGUGCUGUAUUUCCUUUCCCUGCUGAUGUAUAUUGCUACCUUAUUUGGCACGCUGAAUGCACCUUUAUUUGCAUAAUGAUAACCAUCUCAUUCAAAAAUCUGAGCUGGAAUCCCAAGUGUAUCCACUUGGGUUCGAACUCGAAUUUCUGCCUGGGAUGAGCAAAAUUAUAAACGUGUUCGGUUUAAACAGCACCUUGCAAUGCUACUUGCGAUUAAAGAGCACAUUGCGAGGCCACCUUCACAUUUUUUUCCUUCCUGAUUACAUUUGAAAUCAUGCUCGCAGCAAAAAUAAAGUUUCAGGGAAAAUUGGCGCAUUAAAAUUAUUGCUAUAUCAAAGAUUUGCAAAGCUCAUCAGCACUGAUAGUUAUAACAAUAAUUGGGGGUUUACGUAGAGAGACAACCGAGAUCAUGACGCCACAGCGGUCGGUCUGUGGAUUGCUUUUGCACACCCGAGGGCUCUUUAACAUGCGAUGAAAGUUCACGAAACGGUGCCCCGUAUUUAACGUCCCUUGCGAAAGACAGAGUGUCUAGGCAUCUUGUACCCUGCCACCAAGUAGCUGGCGCCCAUGGCUGGGUCCGAACUAUACAGGGUGUUUGCUCUAACGUGUCCAGAAAUUUUAUUGAAAGGGAGUGAUAAAAGAAAACAAGUGCUACUUUUAAGCUACUUGACUAAGUAACAGGUGCUACUAGUGAAGCAGUACCUGUUUCUUACUCAAGUAGCAGAAAAGUACCACUUGCUUUUCUUUUAUCGCUCGUUUUAUAUAGUAAACGUUGUAUAGUAAACGUAAAGUAAUAUAUAGUAAACGUUGAGAUAAAUGGGAGACAGAAGACGAAAGUAGGGGAAGUAACAAAAAAAGGUUUAUUAGAACUUAAAAGUUAUAAAAGUUAGGGGUGACAGAAGCUCCACCUUCUUCAGGACGAAAUAGCUAAAUGUGGCCACGAGGCUGAUAAGGGGCUUGUCAAGGGGCUGUUUUUUGUUACUUCGCCUACUUUCGUCUUCUGGCUCACAUUUAUCUCAACCUUCACUAUAAUUACGUAGCCGUCCGACCCAAUUUAAACUUUUCAAGAUAUAUAUAUAUAUGUAAGGGGAAAAAUUAGCCGGAGCUCUUUGGCUGCACGUAUAGCAUAUGUUUGUAGGUGCUCAAACGUCGCCAUGCCAGUGCUGACCUUCCAGUACUAACCUGUCCAGUACUGGCAUGGCGAUGUUUGAGCACUUACAAAUAUAUAUAUAUAUCUUUUACACAUUACUGAUUUAAAAAUUACCUCAGCACGUGUUCGUUGAUUCCAACUAUUAAUGCUAUGCGCGACAGCUGUAGGUAAUACUGUCAUCACGCAAUCAGAAACUUGCAUUUGUUCGAGUGGCUUGAUUUAUCGCUUGUUAGUACUGUGGGCACCAGGCUAUGCAUCUGCAAAAUUAUGCAAGGAUAUGCAAUACAUACAGGGUGUUCAAAAUUAAGCUUUCACUAGCACUUUAUAAAUAGGCGAGCAAAAGAAAACUGGUGCUAUUUUUCUGUUCCUUGAGUAAGGAACAGGUGCUACAUAAUUAGCAGCACAUGUUUCUUACACAAGUAGCGUAAAGUUAUCAUCCGGUUUCCUGUCAUCGCUGUGUUUGCAUAGCGCUCGUGAAAGCUUAAUUUUGAACACCCUGUAUUUACUGUCAAAGUUUUCGCUGUCCUAUCUUCAUGCCUGUCUAGACAACAUAUUUACCAAAGAUAAGGUGCGGGUUGGACACGCAGUAAUUCCAGAUAAAGCAUACCAAAUCUCUGUAGUAUUGUGAAUACUGCACCUGCACAAUAAUAUAUUUUUUGUUUCAAUGUGAUUAGUAGCCAGCAUAUAAAAAACUGCUGAUACUUUUAUAUUUUUAAUGGAAAAUGGAAAUGAUAACUACUAGGCUAAACAAAUUUAAAAGCUGCCUCAAAAUGUUGCAGAACAUGCAAUUUUUCGUGUCUCUCAGACAAAGCGGCAAGCAAAAAUCCUUGUAUUGAAAUGGCUUAAUAAAAGAGGAAGAAUUGUAGUCGUUGAAUAGUCUCUACAUUGUGAGAUUUCACAUAUGCCUCCUGCCUUCGGUAGUGCCUCACUGAAAUCGUACAGCCAUCACAUCCCAUACUGGUGUUUUUCACUCCUGAUUCAGUUUUACAGGCAGCAACACUGGGAACUUGCCAUACUAGUCAAGGAUGAAGUAGGGGAAGCCCUCAUCAAGCCACUAUGUUGUCACGUGGAGAUCUGCGUGCCACUAUCCGCACACACUUCCGUUAUUGCAGACUGCAGUGCACGUUAUUUAAAAAGUGUUUAGAUACUUGUUUAAGUCAGUACAGAAACAGUACAUGAAAGGACAGGAGUCUCUUGUAUGUGUGUCCUGUCUUUUCCUGUGUCCUGUCCCUUCGUGUGCCCUGCGCUGGGAUGUGCAAAUAUUACCGAUUUUAACGAGUUACUUGUUCAGGAAUGAUUACGACAAUGGCAGCUGCAGCUGAGAAGGGACAUAUUAGUGAAAUGUAUUAUCUCAGUGGUGUCUGUGUGCCCCAGCAGUUGUGAAGGUUACGUGCCUGUUGUUACACGUCCAGUGUUUGUUCUUGUGCACAGAAGUUGUGCCGUAUGUCGCAAUUUGUGCAGUGUGCGUAGCUGUAUGUGUGGAUGCUGAAUGACUGAACGAAUGUGCAUGUGCUCUCGUAUUCUGGUUGCACUCGGUUAUCCUGCAAAGGUUGUAGAAAUGAAACCCGUGAAGGCGUUUGGGAUGUUUCCGUAUUGGUUGUGUCCGUCUUGACCUAACUUCAUUGCCAAAGCAUUGAGGGUGACAGCAACAAGGGGGCUUCUGCUCAGCGUCAGACAUCUGGAUAUAUCAAUAGCACAGAACAAGUCUCUGUUUACUUUCAAUACAUGCUGUUCACUCACGAUGAAAGACGUUGCCACUUGAGUUCUUUUUCUUGAGCAUGGUAAGUACUAUCAUAUUUGCCCACAGUGACCUUGCUUAUUGCAGUAAGGUGCUUAAGAUUGUUCUUGCGGUACAUAAAAUGUGCUUUCUGCUUCUUCCCCUCUUUUGCAGGCCAGGAUCUGGAAGUGUUCCUGAUUCACGCUGUUAGCGCUUGACAGGACUGCGCCAUUACUAUAUUGCUCGUUAGAUAUUGUCUAGCAAGAUGAAACUCAAAUAAGAGGUGAGUCACCAGAAUACGCUGGAUUUGGCGACCCACGCGAAUGCGUCAAUUGUGGCGCCAUCUCUACGCCCUUGUGGCGCAGAGAUGGCACAGGUCACUACCUCUGCAAUGCCUGCGGUCUUUAUCACAAGAUGAAUGGCUCUACGCGACCGGUCGUCAAGACACAGCGCCGAGUGGAACCAGCUCUGCGUGGUCUCCAGCUCUCUACUGUCUACGCAACAGAAUUUCCCGGGCUAAAACUCUCACGAGAUAUCUCAUCCCAAGAGCCCAGUAACGUGUCCCGGCGGAUGGGCUUGGUCUGCUCCAACUGCAACACGACCACAACCACUCUGUGGAGACGAAACGAGGAAGGAGAGCCCGUCUGCAAUGCUUGUGGCCUGUACUUUAAACUACACAAUGUGAAGAGGCCCCUGGCGAUGCGCAAAGAUGGCAUCCAGACACGUAAGCGGAAACCAAAAGGAAAAAGUCCCCAAGACUGCAAAGUAGGCCUCAUUCCUGAGAACCUAACCCUAGCAAUCAAGACUGAGAAAGAAGACACAGGGUCAAAAGGUGGCGAGGAAGAAGACUGCACGGUUCCGCGCCUCAUCUUUUGUACCUCGCUGGCACCGUCUGCGGGGAGCAGCAAUUCCUCGGGGUCGUCCUUGGCCAUUCUGCCCCUCUCCACGGAGAAGCCCUGGCCCGAAACAACCACCAGCGUCGAGGGCCAACCAUCUGAGAGUGCAGAAGGCAGCGACUCCAGUAAGAAUUGCGUCUCUCCAAGGAUUGUGGGAUUGCCCUGAAAGUCCUUCUCACAGCUGCACCAUGCUAGGAAAGGUUGUGUGCAAAAGAAGGAAGAAAAACGAAACAGCCUUAGCGGGGUCUCUCAGUGGCUGUGAUGUCACCAAAGCUUGUGAUAUCAGCACGACGUCAAGAUGCUUUCCUUUUUUGUUUUCCUUCAGGAGUUUCUGUCUUCUCUCUCUUUCUCACUCGUGCUCGGGGACAUGUGGUACUUCCAUUUUGUUUUUCUGGUUCUUUCUUUCAUCGAGGCUUGUGCAGUGUAGUUGCAGUUCUAGCUUGCGGAGUGUUCAUAUGUGCGCGCUCGUUGAAGGGAAGCUGAAGUUGAGGUUUUGUGAGAAUUCAUUGAGGGACUGUCAGCUUCUGUCGCAUUCUCUUAGUUGUGCUGCGUUGAGACCUUGAGGCCAGCUCCGAAUUUCGGAGUGUUGUACAGUUAUGCACGGUCUAGAGCAGGGACAAUGGCCAGCAAUUAAAGGGACACUGAAGUGCAAUAAUUUCUCCUCGUGGAAUGAAAGGUUUUAGUGCUAUGCUGACACCAAAACGGAAGUAACGGGAGUAAUCUGUUGGAUUGUGCGUGAUUUUUUAGCAAAAGCACCUACAAUUUACGCUCUCCUCAAGCAGGCAGACAAUAUGUCUAAUCACGAUGGGAGAUUGUUUCAGGAGACUAAUCUGAGCCCUCUGCGCAUUGUCGGGCUUCUUCAGACAAAGAGAGAGAGAGAGAAAGGAUACCUCGCAGUUUCUUUUACACAUCAAUCACAAAUGAUGCAACAGAUAGACCCAGUUUCGCUUGUGUUGGGGCUGAGGCAAUGGCAUCUUAAUAUUUUGUGAGGAGAAAGUUUUGCACUUUAGCAUCUCUUCGAGUAAGAACAGUAGAAGAUUCACAUUUCAUUAUAUUGACAGGGACGUUUCUGUUAGUCAUGCAUUUCCGCUUUGUGUGAAAAGAAAGGCUCUGUUGACAGACCAGCGAAGCUACCUCGUAGUUUGUGUUCUGUUGCAGGCCUUGAGAUUUUUGGAUCAAAGAUAAGUGCACUGGCAAUUGUCCCAACUGGGAAGGAAUGCUGCAUAAUACAUAUUUAUGGCUCCGACAGGUGGGGGGGCCCGGUGUUGUGGUCCCUGCACAGCCCUUCUUGCGAGACAAGUUUAUAUAUUAUGAUGUUUGCAGGCCAUAUGAGCUCGAACAGACUGUGGAAUGUAUCAUUGUGUAUGCUGUUUCACACUCAGUAAUAGCAACUAAUUCUUAUCUCUCACAUAGCCUUAAUUUCGGUUUCCCUUUUGGCAAAUACUCACGCCCGUCUAGGCAAUAGAUAUUAGAUGCUCCACUGAGGUAGAAUACAGCAUGUUUUCUUUUAUAUUAUAUACACACAUGUGGUUGUAAGUGUUGUCCUUUAAAUAUCACACAGUUCACUACCUUUGAGAUUAAUUUUUUUUUUUCUUCUGUAUAUCGUAAGCCUCUUUUUGCAUUUUUUGUUUUAUAAAGAGGUUGCUCCUGCAAAGAAGGAAAUGAAGCAGUUUUUGCAUUAGGAAAGUGACAUUUCUGCUUCUGGUAAGGCAGAGGUUACUCAAUUCUGAACUUGCAGUACACACACCAGGAAGAGCAACAUCUGGGUAAUUUUUUCUCAAGAGAAGUUGCAGGGAAGCGUAAACGUACCAAGGAGUUUGGUCAAGAAUGUUUUAGAGAUGAAAUAAAAUAUAUUACGGUGCUAAAAGUGACGGUACAGACUAAUCUUAUUUUUGCGAGAGGUCCAUCGGAGUGACUGAUAGCACAUUUAGAGUUUUACGAUGUGUGGCAGAAACUUUACGUAGCCGAACAACAUUAGCAGAUUGUAAAGGCUUUUAACUUAGACGGGUAAAACCAAGUUUCGAGAGAUUAUCUUUCAAGUAAGUGUUGAUGGCGGAUGGCAACGAAGGGAAGUGGGAAACUGGGUUUUAACAGCUUUAUUUCAUUGUGUGCAACUCAUGUUCAAGGAGAUUCCUCUUCUUUUCAUUCAGCCAAUAUUUUUUUAGUGACCUCGAGGCAACAUUUUAGAAAUGACCACACAGCCAGGUUAUGCUCCUGAGAGAAAAAGUUACAGUACUUAGUUUCUUCGACGCUCGUGAAGCUUUUCUUUUUUUUGUCACCACAGCCAGUACUGAAUUUCUGCUGUAGUAUACAAAGGUUUUCCUUUUGUGGUGGUAGUAAUUUAUUACACAGUAUCUCUGCAUACAAGCUUUUGUGUUUUUGUAUUGUUAUCGUGUAUUAUGUUCACACAGACUAGAAGUGAAAACAAAACAAAACAUUUGUGUGUUUUACUAGUGUAACACAUUUUACGCACACAUCUGUCGUUCCUAGAAUGUUUUAAAGUUUUAUUUCCUUAGGAUACGCCAAGCGGCAACAAGUAGGUUCCAGGCAUCUUUUUGUUGUGGUGGCCACGCCAAUCACUUUUCUUUAUAAUUCAAUUGUUUAUCAACAGCCAAUGUACUACCUGGGAGUGUUUUAGCAGAGAGUGUUUUGCCACGUGUUGGUUUGUGACCGUGCCUGCGGUAAAAGAUUUAUAUUGACUGAUUUUGUGAGUUGCGUUAUUGUUCGUCAGGCCAUGUGAUAAAGUUAAAUUAUGAUAUGUACGUGUAGCUUUAAGUGUAAGCUAUGUGAUCUGAAACGUCGCUGUUGUAGCUGGAAAAGUCUGAGCUGCAGUCAAGGGUGGGGGGAAUUUUUGAAUGGGAGAGAAAUAGAGUAAAAUAGCUUGUAGUCUUUUUGCAAGGGUACUAAAAUUGUUUAAAAUAAUCGUAAAUCAUAAAAGAGGCGCGUAAAUAUGUAAAUACAGUAUGCAAAAAUGGUCCCUUAUCUUCUCCCUUAUCAGCACAUUUAGAUUGCUUCCCGUCUAGAUGGCAUACAGGUACUUUCAGGUGUUGAAGAACCGUAAAAGAGAUGCACCUGGAGGCAUAUCAUUGCACUGACUAAUUUAUACUUUUCUUGCGUUGCGUUUUGACUUUUUCAACCUGAAUUUGUACAAAAAGAAAAAAAAAGCUAUAGCAAAAAAAUCGGGCCAGAACUUCUAUUCAGGAGCCAGACAUGAUGGAAGUAGACUCAGAUUUGUUCCUGUUUAGAGAGAAAGAGUUGUUUUAAGAUUGCACUGGCUAUGUGGACGUAGAAUUUGCUGGACUUACUAAGAAUAUUUGUUUUCUUGCGCGUACGAGGGUAUGGUGUGCUGUCACAUAUUUUUGCAUCGGGGGUGUCCUUGUUUUGUUUCUUUUAGUAUCGUCUGCGUGCACCUCUAGACAUUAUCUUUGUUUCAUGCAUAACUUUAUGGAGCAUAUCUUUUUGAUAAAAUGUGUUGUACUCUACUAGCAUAUUUAAAAAUCUUGGUUGGAGGUACUUUUUGGUUCAAUAUGUGUAACGUAUUUAUAAUAAAGCAGCUAUAUCUUCAACA